CGGUCUGGUGGUCCGUCCCAUGGUCCGUCCUAUAGACAUAGGUCCGUCCCCUCCUGCCCCUCAUCGAAACCUGAGAAGUGCCGACGCAGCAGCGAGUUGAAUGAAACACUUUACGGCUUCCGAGCCGACUGACCAAAUUAGCCACACAGCUGCUAACACUCGCCGGGGAUCUCAUGCGGUGCUCCCCAAGUUCAACAGUCGGCCCGGGGGAUUCGACAAUUUGUAAGGAAACAACAUGGCCAAAGUAAACAGCGGUUCCUCCGGUUGCCGAGCCGUGGUGAUGGCAGGAAAGUACCUGUCGAGCCCCUCUCCCCCGGCGCUGACCCGGACCAGCGUCCAACAGCAGCGGAGGAUGUUGGGGCCACAGCGCCGACCGAUGAGCUCCGACGCGGCCGGCACGGGAGGAAAAACCGCGGCUCUGGCCCAGCAAGAGCACCUGGGUUAUUUCUCCGCCACAGACCGUAAUGUGCUCGCCAACCGGAAUCUGAUUUACCGGGACGUGAAGGCUUUUCUCAACGAAGUCGGUGGGGACCCCCGGGAGGCUCGGUACUGGCUGACUCAGUUCCAGAGAUCGACUUCGGCUCAGUCUCCUGCUUUUGCCGUGCUGGAGGUGGACAGCUCAGUAUUCGACAGCAGGGAAAUGGUUCAGAGACUGGCCUUUGGGCUCUCCUUCCUGCAGCGGAUGGAUAUGAAGCCCGUGGUGGUGAUGGGCUGGUCUGAGUACGAGGAGAUGGGGCCCAAGGAGGCAGUGCCCGGGUCUCGCUGCACCCGAGAGCUGGUGGGCCGGAGCCAGCAGCUGACGGAGGCUCUGCAGCAGCACUCGGCCACCGUCCUGCCGCUCUUCUCCGCCGAGUCCUUCCUCCUACUGCACGAAGCCCCGAGCGGAAGCAGUGCCCCAUCCUCCGUUGCUGUGGACACCAGCCUCCUCCAGUGGAGCGUGGACUGCGGGACUAUCCCGUUGGUUUGUCCGGUGGGGAGGGACGGGAGAGGUUGCUCAGUAAUGUUGGACCCGAUAGAGGUGACGGCAGCUAUUUCCAGAGCCCUGCAACCCCACAAAGUCAUGUUCCUGAACAACUCGGGAGGCCUCUGCAGCCAAGAACGCAAGGUGCUCGGCACGGUGUCAUUGCCUAGCGACCUGCCCAGUUUGUCCACAGCGGCGUGGCUGAGCACCACAGAGCGGCGAAGAGUGACCACCAUAGCCCGACUGCUCAACCAGCUGCCGACUGAAUCGACCGCGGUGAUCACCUCCGCGGACACGCUGCUCACCGAGCUGUUCAGCCACAGAGGGUCUGGGACACUCUUUAAAAACGGAGACCCCAUACACCGGUACAGCUCUCUGGAUGGGAUCAAUGUAGAGCGCCUGCUGGCCCUCAUCAACAAGUCGUUCGAUAAGACUCUGAGGCAAGACUACAUCGACUCUCUUAGAGGACGACUGCACUCCGUCUACCUCUCUGAAGGCUACAGCGCGGCAGCCAUCAUCACCAUGGAGCCGGUGAACAGCGGCACUCCCUACCUCGACAAGUUUGUGGUGAGCAGCAGUAAGCAGGGCCAGGGCACCAGCCACAUCCUGUGGGAGUGUAUCAGACAGGACCUGGGCAAACUGUUCUGGAGGUCCAGAGCCACCAACAGGAUCAACCCCUGGUACUUUAAGCACUGUGAUGGCAGCUUCGUUAAUGGGGUGUGGACCGUCUUCUGGUUCGGCCUGACAGACAUCAGAGAUUCCUACGAGCUGGUGGAGUACGCCAAGAACCUGCCCGACUCCUUCCACCCCUCGUCUCUCACCGCGUCCCAGAAGCCCCCCACACCCGCCGCAGGAUCCUGAGCCACCUGCUGCUUGCGUAGCUCUCUAACUCCGGAGAAUUGUUAGCGCUGUAGCUCUUUUAGCUCCGAGGCUAUGGAGUUGAUUGAGCUUUGGAAAAUGUUUUCUCAUUUUUGCUCUGACUGGACUUUUUUCUGUUCUCGAUUUUUUUUUUUAAACUUGAAAACCAAAGUUACAGUAAGAACUUCAUAGAUGCAAUAUUUUGGAGAAGCUAUAAUCAUUCUCCAUUUGUUAAGCUGGGUUAGCUCUAAGCGUUGCAGAGCUGAAACUAAGGUGGCUUAAUCUGUUGGGAUGCACGAUUUCUUUAUUUAAAUCAAUAAUUCCCUUCUUCUCAUGGCUGAUACUGAUAAUUUCACAUAUUUGUGUUUUAAAAAUUAGUUCAUAACUUGUAGUUUUUACACACCUGAGGGUAAGAAAGUCUUAAGUUAUGUUGUGAGCAAAGAUGGAGGAUUUAAUAUUCCACAGCUCUGUUCCAACCAAAUCUGACUGACAUCCCUGUUGCUAAUACAACAACAGUUCAGUUCAUCAAAUGUUCAUUCAUUUUUCUAGUAAAGUUAAGGCUAACAAUUGUUUUGCAUAAGAAUUCAAGAUGAAUAAUUAAUACCAUCAUAUCAUUUAUUGGCUGUAGUUUAAUGAUCCCUAUAAUUCAUAAUAAGAAUUCCCUAUUAUCGGCACAUCAUUCAUCUGUCCCGAUAAUUAUCGUGCAUCCCUAUUCAUUUGAAAAGGAAACUUUUCACCCUUACAUUGCCUUACAUUGUAAUAGGGACCAGGAAAACCGAGUACUUUACAGUGUGCCUUCACAAACACAGCCAGGUGCUGUGUCGCCUCCAGAACUCUCCUUUGGCCAAAAUAUCUAAAUGCGCAAUACAGGUGUUAUUAAAAGGACACUACACCGGUUUUCUUUACUUGAGGAGUUAUUUAGCCUAUAAAAACAGUUGUAAGAUGUUUUCUGUGGCUCUGUAGUGAGCUUUUUUAAAGUUUGAGAAAAUAACCCUGAUGAUGUCAUCAGGGUUGUCAGCUUAAAAAACUCCAAACUGUUACAGGGAGCCUGCGUUUUGCCAGUUUCCUGCUGUUUUGGCAGGCAGAGGUUAGAAUACACUUUAUUUUUUUGGCAGCUGUUCAGAAAAUGUAGCUCUCCUUACCCCGGUUCUUAUGAGCUUCUUAAAUGCCAAAGUUGUGUUUACUACUAUCAUUAAAGCACUUCAGACCAAGCACUCCACAUCUCAUGCUCCAUCUCUGAAUCAGAUAUUUCAUCUUUCCUGACAGUCGCCGUUGGGAUUAUUAAUGGUAAAAUUCAAAGCAGAUCACGUUAACCAAAGUUAUACAUGCAAAGGCAUUAUUGAUGCCGAAACUAAUAAAUAGCUUGAUAGAAUUUACCUAUACACACCAGUAGGCUGUAGGUAAAACAUUAGUAAGCUAUCUGGUUACUGGAAGAAAGGUACUGGAGUUAUUUCCUCACAUUACAUAAAAAAGUGGUGCUAUUUUCAGCAUUCUGAAUUUUAGCAGUGUAUAAUAUUUCAAACGGACAGCUACAACCAUGGAUGACCCCGAUAUAUCAUCAUAAUUUCUGCUUUGCUGCUCUGGGUGUGGUAAAACAACGACCUCUGAGGUAGGAAGUUGUUUUUUUAAUCCAAAGUUAACUGUCGGCACAAUUCCGUGGAAUGAUUCUGAGAUUCUGGAUAGAUAUGGGCCCAGACACACAUGAAAGCAUUGAUGUUGUCAUCUGCACAGAUAAGCUAAUGGGGUGUUUUAUCAUUACUUUUUGCAAUAGCAUUAAAAAUAAUAUUUCUUCAGUUCAGGCUAUUUUUCGUGACGUUUGAGGCGUCUACUGCUGACCAGAUUUCAUUCAGCCGUUACAAUGAUCUGCUGGUCGGACGGUUGCAGUCGGGGCACGUUUAUUUUUAACCUGUUGGUGGAGCCUUCAGAUCAGCUGUGUUUACACGGGGCAGGUUGGGCUCAUAACUGAAGGAGGAUGGGCUCAUAACUGAAGGAGGAUGGGCUGGGAUGAGUGGAAAUGUGCUUUCAUAGACCAACAAGAGUCAUUUGGUAUUUCUGUUUCUUUGCAAACCUGUUCUUCAGCAACUGUAUCCCAACUGCAGAACAGGCAGUCAUGUUACAACUGAUGAGCUAAAUAAACAAUCCCCUAAAAACAUAUCCACAUUACACCCCCUCCUUUGUGGAAGGGGAAGUAGCAAAGAAGGGGGGUUAUUUGAUUUGUAUGCUCCAGUGUAAUCUUAUGACUGUUUGAAUAAACAUUGGAAUAAUAAACCUGAAAGCUUUACCUCAA